AUGUUUUCCAACAAGGAAAAAAGGCCAGCGCCCCCCGCCUUACAACAUGGCAGCGACGGCCACCGCGCCGCCGAGCACGGCGCCCACGACUUUCACGUUCCGGAGGUCGUCCCGCGCCGCCGCCGCCGCCGAGCUGCCGGUGCCGGUGGGCUGGCUCGCCGCCGCGGCGCGCAGCGUCGACGUGGCCGUGAGGCUGCCGCUGACGGCCUCGGCGAUGGUCGCGAGGCCCGUGCUCGUCGUGAUCACGUCGCUACCACCACCACCACUCCCGGAGUUGGUCACCGUCGCCGUCACCGUCGCCGUCCGCGUCGUCUUCCAGUCCCAGCCGUGGCCCCAGGGCGCCCAGCCGCCCCACGCGCCGCCGCCGCCGCCGAGCCACGGCGAGCCGUCCCAGGGACAGCCCGUGACGGUGACGACGGCGCCCGAGGUCCAGGUGCGCGACGGCCCGCCCUCCCAGUGGCCCGGGCCGUGGCCCCAGCCGUCGCCGUUGCCGCUCCAGCCGCCGCCGCCCAUGCCGCCGCCCAUGCCGCCGUGGUGCCCGCCGGGUCCUCCGUACCCGCCCCAGGGCCCGCCGCUCGCGGUGACGGUGUAGACGCCCGUGCUGCCGGCCGAGGAGCACGAGGACCACUGGCUGCAGAGGGAGGAGGACAGCGACGAGUACGAGGACCAGGCCGUCGGCGUGGCGGAGCAGGCGCUCGUCACGCACGAGGCCACGGGCGCCGUGGUGGCGGAGCAGUACGACCCCGGGGAGGGCCAGUCGGUGGCCGAGCUGUAGUGGGACGAGAAGCACGAGUGCUAUAUUGGAAGGGAAGCGCCCGAGUCAGGGGCUCCUCCCCACCACUGCGCGCUUGCGAGUGCAGGCGCCAGUAG